CGCCUCACAGAAGACUGCUGAGUAAGCGUGAAGCACUCAGAGCAGCUCUGCUCUCUUUUUCAGAGGCAAUAAAAACAAUCUCUUUUGUUCGCUCGAAGAGUCAAGACUCAAAGAUUCAAGGCUUGAUCACAUGCACUUUUACCCAAUGUGGUUCCUUAAGGUUUCUAAGACAUGUGGAUGCAAUCCAAACUGAUAACCCCUCACUGUGUGUGUCUCCUGCAGCGUGGGUGGGCUCCCUCUCCAUGGGGAUGAUCUUCUUCUGCUCUCCCAUCGUCAGCGUCUUCACUGACAUCCUCGGCUGCAGAGUAACGGCAGUGGGGGGGGCAGCUGUUGGGCUGGUUGGCCUGCUGGCCAGCUCAUUUGUCACGUCCCUGGGCCCCCUGUAUUUCACCUAUGGCAUUGUGUUCGCCUGUGGCUGCUCUUUCGCCUACCAGCCCAGCCUGGUCAUCCUGGGCCACUACUUCAAGAAGCGGCUGGGUCUGGUGAACGGCAUCGUGACGGCGGGCAGCAGCCUCUUCACCAUCACGCUGCCCUUCGUGCUGUCGGGUCUGCUGGAGCGGGUGGGCCUGCAGAACACCAUGAGGGUCCUCUGCAUCCUGAUGUUUGUGCUGAUGCUGGCUGGCUUCACCUACAGGCCCCUGCUGCCCGUCAAACCCGGCAACACCCGCACCGGCAGCCGCUUCCCCCCCAUGAGCAAGAUGUUCAACAUUCAUAUCUGGAAGUCUUUGGGAUAUCGCAUUUGGGCCUUCGGUAUCCCAGCAGCCCUCUACGGCUACUUUGUGCCUUAUGUUCACCUGAUGAAGCAUGUGGAGGAGCGUUUUGGAAAGGAGGCCAGUAAAGAAGUUCUGCUUAUGUGCAUCGGCAUCACAUCCGGUGUGGGCCGUCUCAUCUUCGGCAGGGCGGCAGACUACGUUAACGGAGUCAACAAAGUGUACCUACAGGUGGCCUCGUUCUUUGUCAUCGGCCUCAUGUCGAUGAUGAUUCCUCUGUGCAACAUCUUCGGGGGGCUGAUCGCCGUGUGCCUGCUGAUGGGACUGUUUGACGGCUGCUUCAUCUGCAUCAUGGCCCCCAUCGCCUUUGAGCUGGUCGGAGACAAAGAUGUCUCCCAGGCCAUCGGCUUCCUGCUGGGCCUGAUGUCCGUGCCCAUGACUGUGGGGCCCCCCAUCGCAGGGUUCCUGAGGGACAGACUGGGCAGCUACGACGUGGCCUUCUACCUGGCAGGUAUCCCCCCCAUCGUUGGAGGGGCCAUGCUGUGUCUGAUACCCUGGGUGGAGGCCAGGCGCAAGAGGAGGGAGAAGGAGGAGGCCCUGAACAAAGAGCAGGACGUCACUCAGAGGAUGAUGGAGCCUGAGAAGGCGGAGCCUGAGAAGGUGGAGCAAGAGGCACGACGAAAAACUGGCGAGUCUGUCCUCUAAGUGUCCCACUGGCAGACUGACAGAGACACAGGAACAGCUGGAUCAGCACCAAAACAUGCCAAAGUGUUGAACCAUAUCAGAAAGAAUCCAAGGUGAUUUCCAGUUCCACAUGAAUGUGAUCCUGAAGAACUAUGCAUUAGAUCGUUUGACUGAGCUAGUCUAACAACAGAACAUUUGAGAAAACUGCUCAUUUCAUAUUUUCAUAAGGGAAAGAAGGCAUGCUGUGCUUAUUACGAAUGUAAUGUCAAAGUUUAAAGCCACUGUAUCUACCAAAAACAGAUGUGGCAGUCUUAAGGGAAAGGCAGACUCAGGCCAUUCUUUACAAUCAGUUUUCAACACUACCACUUACACUUAGAAGAAAAAACACUUGAUUUGUCCUGAAGCCGCCAUCUUUAUUGUCUCCUGUUAACUACGUCUUAGAGCCAACAUUUAACACUGGGGGUGAUGUGGUUAUAGAAUUCAAAGAUGACAGGCAGAGUGUGUGGGGUGGAGGCUGACUGGAUCCAGGAGCUCUGUGUGGCCCCACUCAGACCCUCAGGGGCCCCAGACCCUCAAGGUUCAGCGUUCACCAUGUCACAGUUAGCUUGUUGUAAUUCAUUCCACAUUAGUUUGGUAAUUGUGUACGCCAUAAACUGAAAUGAUAGGGGCCUUAAAGAAUCUUAUGAUGUCCCCCAGUGUGUGUGACUUCAUCAUUUCAGUUUAUAUCAAGCUUAUAUGGUGUUUAUUCCUAUAUCAAAUUGUGAUAUAUGGAAUAAGCAUAACCUAAUGAUUAACUAUUACAAACCCAAUAUACAGAAAGUGGGGAGCCCACAGAGGUUUUAGGGGGCCUGACUGUGCCAGAGAAAGCUCAACAGAAACACGUCCACAACAGUACCACUCUGUUAUAUGUUAUUAUAUAAAGCCAGAAGGUUAGCUUAGCUUAGCAACCAGCCUGGGAACAGCUGGAGGAACAUCUCUAAGGCUCAGUGUGUCUGAUCUCAAAAUGAAUGUAAAGAUGUUAGUGCUGGUGUUCCUGAGGUUCAUGUGCCGGACUAUUACUCGGCGAGGAGCUAAGGUAAGCUCAUUUCCCCAUACGUUAAACCAUUCCUUUAACAAUAAAGACUCUUGUCCAGCGCACACACCCAAGCGUUCAGAUAUGAACGUGAAUAUUGACUCAUUGGAAACAUAUUGGCAUUUUCUUUGUGUAGACUGUAUGGGUGUUUCUCAAUCUCGAGUAAAGCUGCUCCAGAGCCACUAUUUCAAGCAUACUACGUCAUCGAGUGCCGCCGAAGUACUGUUCCAAUGUCCAGCAUACUUGGAAUUCUACCGAGCCCGGCGUACUUCGUUUGGAGAAAUUUCGAGGCUGCACAUGUGUAGACUCCGGUCUUAAAAUCCCCACAAUGCUUUGCGCACGGACCAAUUUCCCCAAAUCUGUGGCGGAAAAUGUAAGGUUGGGCCUCUCAUAUGACGCACACCUGCACACUUGCUCGCCUGAUCCACUCUUCGUUUGUCCGCUCACCCUAUGUCUAUUCAUUGGCUGUAGUAUUGACAUUAAGCAGUAUUUCUUUGUUAACCACCAGUGUUGAGGUUUGUUUUGAAUGUUUUUUCUCUGUAAUUUAGUAACAUUUUAGUUUACACUCUCAUCGUGUGACAUGGAUUCACAAUGUCGUGCCUUUGUUGUAAAGUCUCAUAUGUUUCAUGGUAUACAGUCCCCUCCAAAACGAUAGGAACAGCAAGGCCAAUAGCUUUAUUGGGGAGAAACCUCUCAAACAACUGAAAGAGUGAAAGCCUGGAAAAGCAUCACAAAAGAAGAAUGCAAACGUUUGGUGAUGUCAGUUGGUCGCAGGCUUGAUGCAGUUAUUGCAAGCAAAGGAUGUGCAACUAAAUACUAAGUAUUAUUCACUUUUCACACUAUUUGAAGUCUCUGUCCCUAUACUUUUUCUCACUUGGAAAAUGGGUGUGUUUAAACAAAAGGUGCUUCCUUCUCAGUUGUUUAACAGAUCUAGAUGUAAAUAACUGGAGUUAAAAGCUGAAGUACUGACCUUUUGGCUCAUCUUCAUCUUCUGAUGUCAAACCUAAUGGUUUUCAGUGUACAGCAAAAAUAAAGCAAUUGGCCUCGCUGUUCCAGUAGCUUUGGAGGGGACUGUAUAAAUAACAUGAAGUUUGCUCUGUAGAUGACGUUGUCAAGGUCAUAACAAGUCAUCACCUGCUCGCGUCCUCUUUAAGGACCAAAAAGACACACCACCUCACACAUUUACAGUAUGGUAUCAUUUGAAGCAUAAGUGGAAGUGAGGACAUGAGUGUGACUAAUCAUUGACUGUGACCAUCAGUCAGUGAAGGCAGUUAAUCAUUAUCUCUGUGCCCGGUUCUAGCCGUUAAUAGAAAGGGAUUUGUUUUAUGUUUUCACAUUGUAUUUAUUUUUUGGUUUUUGUGGAGAAUGUCAUGCUGUAAUUGACGGGCAUUUGCCUAAAGCCUUGAUUUAUUCUAGUGAAGACCAAAAUGUAGUGGAAUGAAAGAGUGUUAAUGCUGUUGGCGUAGUGUCUGUGUUGACUGGCAGAUGAUUGUGGAGAACUUUGUGAGUCCAUGGUGUUUCCUCUACCUCAGAUGUUGUAAAUGUGUAGAGCUCUGUUCCUCCACACAGCAGCGUGACUCGACUAACCCAAAUGAGGUUACAAGUCUUAGAUACCUCUCUCCAAAGCUUGGCUCUUUAAUGAGCUGGUUGCUGUUCAGAACCAAAAUUGCCUUUUUUGAUAUGAGGAACUUCGACAGCGUUUACAUAUUUUCUCCCCCCUAAAUAUAUAUUUUUAUUACAAUUAAAUCACAUCUGUUGCCUUCAUUCGAAUGUAUCUUUUUUUAAUGACAUUAAAAUGGCAUGACUGUUUAUAGCAGACUUUAGGUUCUUUUUAGACUGCUUUUCGCUUCUUUUUUCUCCACAAUGUUUAUAGCAUUUCAUUCUGAACUUGCUGUUAUUAUUUAAACUCAAAAUUAAUUAAACCACAGGUUUUAUUCUGAAUAUCUCUUCUGCAUAUGUGUAUGAAAUUGAUAUUUUUUUCAUCCUAUUUCUGCAUAAUUUUUGCCUAAUAUUUGUUCAUUUAUUGCUACAUGUUUGUUUCAUGCAUAUCUCGAAAUGUUUUCUACAAAAGUAUUACUUUCUUAUCUUUCCUGCAGGACGUGUGGUGAACUACAGUAUAUCAAAUGUAAUAUUAUGUAAACAAUCGCAUUUCAGAAUUUUCAAGACAGUAAAAAAGAACGUUUACAAUUUCUGAGACUUUCUUAUAAUUUAUCUCCAUGUCUUUGUCUGGUAUUGCUGUUGUUAGGUAAGGCCCAUUUCGGCUCAAAUGAACAUGAUUCAAGGUUCAUAAACCUCGUCAUUUUUACAGUUACACAACAAAACACAAGUUGUAUGUAUUGUAUCAUUGUAAGACUUUUAUCAAUUUUUUCAAAUUAAUUCUUCAUAUAUGAUUCAUGAGCGGGAAUAUUUAGAUUCAUGGUAUUCCAUGAAUACCAUGAACCUUGAUGGCCAAUGGUGUGACAGUUUCUCAUCUCGCCCGUUUUUGUGCGUACGUAGCGGUCAAAGUGUCCUUGGAGGACCGCACAUUUUCCCAGGAAAUGCCGGCAGAACAGCUAAACAAACAUUUGACAUGCUGUCAGAUGUUGGUUCUUGUUGGGGAGGUGGAGACAGGUGAAUCAGAUUGUUUGGUGGAUGCAGUUUGAACAUUACAAAGAGUUGUAGCAUGUGGAGCACUCUGUAAACGCUCCUGCCUCGGAAGGUUGGAUCGUCACCAAAAUAAAUAUAUAAAUAAGU